UUCUUGUUUAACCUUGGAUCACGCAUCUGAUCCAACGUGAGCGUCAGGCAUAAUCCGAGUGCGCUGGAAUAAAAGGUUUUGCAAAUCUCGGGAUUCUUGUUGGACAUUUGGGAAGCAGCGAAGCAGGAGGACACUGUCACAGAAACAUAGGGAGACAUUGGCCAUGAGGAAAGCGAGGAAGAAGGAUAAGCGCAUUGUGCGGCCUUGCUAUGAAGAGCGAGAUUCGUAGCAUUGAAGAUCUUCUGCGAACGAAUGGACUUGCAAGGUCACCAAGUGAGCAUCUAGGAUCCCCCACUGAGGGCCACACAAGCAGAAAUGACGUGCAAGACUUCAGAAGGCCAGCUUCAGCUUCCAGAGGCUGGAUAGCUUUCCCACGGCGAGUUCUAUCAGUGAUGAAGGCUGCUGUCCUGCUGGGCACAAGUCUUGUCUGCGCAAGCAUCUCUGCCAGCGGCUUUGCCAUCCUUUGUUUCCUGCUGUUGACUCGUUCCCUCGCUCCACCGACUGCGUACUUCCAGAAGGAGCUGUUUUUCGACUACACAAAGCCCGCAGCAGUAGCUAGCGCAAGUUUCUGUCAGACUCCUGUGCCUGUGAAGGCGUCUGCGGCAAAUGCGAGGUUUGUGCAGCCAGGGCAGAGCAUGAAUGUCUGGCUGGAGCUGGUGACCCCAGAAAGCCAUGGUACCUCCAAUUCAGAUGUAUUUCAAGUGGCAGCCGAGGUGGUGGCUGCUGACGGCCGUGUGGCGGCCUCUGCCAGCCGCCCCUGCCUGGUCACAUACAGAUCCCCACUCAUUCGCUACAUCAGGAUGCUUGCCAGGCUGCCCCUUGUGCUGGUGGGGUGGUAUGAGGAGAAGCAGCGGCUGAAGGUGGUACUCUUCCAAGGAUAUAAGGAGAAGGCGGACGUUCCCUUCUGUGUCUUCAGAGUGGCACUCAUGGCUCGUGCCAAUGGAGGGGAGCUACCUGGCAUAUACGCUGCUUCUGUGCAUGUUGACUUGAAUCUGGGGUUGAUUGGCCGCGCUCUGUAUAAGAUCCGGCCAGGCACCAUAGUAACGUACGCGCUGAGCACUGUGGGUCUGGUUGCAUUUUGCGGUGGUGGCUUGGCCAGCCUGUGCCUGCUGGCGAUCUGGGGCAUUUCCAAGCCCCGUGCGGACCAGGCACAGAGCAGCAAGGCCCGCCAGUAUGACGAGGUGUCGAGUGAAACAGGCUGGUCGGAAGUAUCCACAGGUGAGCUGGACUCAGAGAGUGAGAGGGAUGUGGGGAUGCUGGAGCCGAUGGCCUCUGUGUCAGACAGGGGUGAGUCAUCCCUGGUGACGCCACUCAGCGCUCAGGCGCUGCGCAGAUGGGACGCCAGAUCAGCCUCCCAGCUGAGUGUCAGCACUGAUGGCACGCAUCUGGAUGAAGCCGUCAGCCGCACCAACCACAAGAAGCACAGAUGAAGCUGCUGGCAUUUGGGUGUGAGAGUCUGAAAUUUCUGAUUGGUGUCAUCUUUUUGUGUUUGCUGAAGUCUGUGUGCAGGCUGCACUUGUGUGGUCUGCCUCUGUAAUUCCCUGGACCAGAUGCAGUCAUUGCUGGCCGGACUUGAGCAACUCCUGUCGGCGUGAAUAUGUUAUAGACAUGGAAAGAGCUGUGCGCUCAGCACGAGGAUGCUGUUAGAAUGCUGGCUUGCGCGGGUUCUGCUGCUGCAACUUAGCCAACAAGUAAGGUGUUCCAGCUGGAUGCCAUUAUAGUUGCCCCACCUUGAGCGUAUCUGUCGUGAUGAGUGUUUGUGCUUUCGUGCGUCCUUCCUUGCUCUGCAUGUCAACUUCAACACAUUUUUCAGACAUUGCUUUCUGGGAGCAAGCCAUAUACACACCAUCUUCGACCAGGCUUUGGUAGAUUCUUCGCUUGCAGAUCUGCAUGUUCAUUGAUCUGAUCUUUUUCAGCAUGUUACACUUAAUCGGCUUGAGAGUUUAUUGCAGAGCCAGAUAGGUGUCAUGGGUGGUCCUUUGAAGAGGGCCAUUGUAAAUUAUAUGUAGAAC